UUUUCAGUUUUUCACCUUAGAACCCUAGUGCUGGGUGCAGGAGCUUGCUGAAUCGAAGUUAAUUGCUCUCACCCACUCUCAGCUUCUGCUUCUAAAUCUGAACUCAACGGUUCUGUGAAAUCAAAAUCCGCGGCAGUUCAGCAUUCUAGGGUGAUAUUUUCAUGGAUGGAGAUGGUAGCAGUGAAAGCCCAAUCGAAACUAAGAAAGCCAAGUCAAAAACCCCUCGAAAACCUAAAGAAACCAUUCUGAAGCAAAAAUCCCCUGCCGAAUUCUUCGCAGAAAAUAAGAACAUUGCAGGAUUUGAUAACCCUGGAAAAUCUCUUUAUACUACUGUUAGAGAGCUUGUGGAGAACUCACUUGACUCGGCGGAGUCCAUAUCGGAGCUUCCGGUGGUUGAAAUUACUAUUGAGGAGAUAGGGAAAAGCAAAUUUAAUUCCAUGAUUGGUCUUGUUGAUCGGGAACGUGUUGAUGCGGCUUUGUAUGAUGAUUAUGAAACUGAGAAGGCUCGUGAGAAACGAUUAGCAAAAGAGGCCCGUGCUCAAGAGAUGCAAGCAAAGAAUGCUGCCCUCGGAAAGAAAGUGAAAGAUACUCCAGCUUCAAAGGCUAUCAAGGGUCGAGGUGAGGCUUCCUUUUACAGAGUUACAUGCAAGGAUAAUGGAAAAGGAAUGCCACAUGAUGACAUCCCAAAUAUGUUUGGCCGAGUUCUAUCUGGGACAAAAUAUGGCUUGAAACAGACACGUGGAAAGUUUGGUCUUGGUGCAAAGAUGGCAUUAAUAUGGUCUAAAAUGAGUACUGGGCUUCCUAUUGAGAUCACUUCAUCAAUGAAGAACCAAAAUUAUGUUUCAUUUUGCAGGCUGGAUAUUGACAUUCAUAAGAAUAUUCCUCAUGUACAUUUACAUGAAAAACGGGAGAACAAGGAACAUUGGCGUGGAGCUGAAAUUCAAGUUGUCAUAGAGGGGAACUGGACAACUUACCGGUCAAAAAUAUUGCAUUACAUGCGACAAAUGGCUGUUAUCACCCCUUAUGCUCAGUUUCUAUUUAAAUUUGUGUCAGAUGCACCUGACAAGAAUGUCUCUAUAAGAUUUGCUCGCAGAACAGAUGUAAUGCCACCCAUUCCUAUGGAGACAAAGCAUCAUCCAUCAUCGGUUGAUUUGCUGCUAAUUAAACGACUUAUUGCUGAAACUUCGAAGCAGAAUCUUUUGCAGUUUCUUCAGCAUGAAUUUGUAAAUAUCAGUAAAUCUUAUGCUGAAAGAUUGAUAGGAGAAAUGGGUCCAGACUUCGGCUCGAAAAUGACUGUGAAGUCUCUAACUUCACAGCAAUUAGUACGGAUUCAUCAAUUGCUUCGUCAAGCCAAGUUUGAUGAUCCUAGUGGUCAUUGUCUUAGCCCUGCUGGUGAAUACAAUCUUCGGUUAGGAAUUAUAAAAGAGCUGCACCCGGACAUGGUUGCAACUUAUUCAGGCAGUGCUCAAGUUUUUGAAGGUCACCCAUUCAUUGUGGAAGCUGGAGUCAGUGUAGGUGGAAAAAAUGUCAAACAAGGUCUGAAUAUAUUUCGAUUUGCCAAUAGAAUUCCACUACUUUUUGAGCAAGGUGCUGAUGUUGUCACCAGAACUGCACAUAAAAGAAUCAACUGGAGUAGUUACAAAAUCAACCAGAUGCAAGAUAAGAUUGGUGUCUUUGUAAGCAUUGUGAGCACAAAAAUUCCAUUCAAAGGAACUGGGAAAGAAUACAUUGGAGAUGACAUAACUGAGAUUGCUUCUGCUGUCAAGUAUGCUAUUCAGCAGUGUUGUGUCCAAUUAAAAUCCAAGAUUGUGAAAAAGAUGCAUGCACGUGAGCAGCAGGAGAGGAAACGAAAUCUAAGCAGGUAUAUUCCUGAUGCUUCUGGUGCAGUAUACAAUGUUUUGAAAGAAAUGACACAGUUACAUGCAUCAAAGAAGAUUCGUUAUGGGGAUGAUGAUGCUGAACUACUGAGUAAAGUCUCUGAGAAUUUGAUUACUAAAGAAACACUGUGUGAAAAGCUUUCUAAACAUGUUGAACAGGUUGACUAUGAAAUGGCAUUGGAGUAUGCCACGCAGAGUGGAGUAAGCGAAGAACCCAGAGAAACAAUAUACAUACAAUCAUUGGAAGCUGAAAAUAAGAUGAUUGACCUACAGACUCCAUUUAUUGUUUUCAGAGUCUUUCAGUAGGCUUAGAAAAUUUAUUUGAUAGUGAAAAGAAACAAAAGCGAAGAUGAUUUUUCCAGAUUAAAUUUAUAUUGUGUUACCCGAAAGAACAAUUAUUGUAUCUAUUCUUUUCAUUUGUACCAAAUGGCAAUAAGAUUGAUAUGAUAUUGCUGUGAGUUCUGAAAUAAUGUUUACGCGAGCAUCUACAGUA